UUCCCCCCCCCCGGCGGACCCCUCCCAAUUCGACAGCCCGUUUGCCUUCCUCAGCUUCUUCACGACUCCAUCGAACAUAGCAAGUUCAAUCCCCGCUUCCUCCUCCUUCUUCUGCUUCUGCAACUUUCGACUGUGUGCAAAUUCUUCGUCUCCAUCUCCGAUCAGAUAACAGCAAGAUGGAACACCAGGAUGGCGAACAGCACAGCAAGCAGGAUGAUGAGGAAGCUGCCGCUCGUCUUGAAGAAUUUAAGAAGUCAAUUGAGGCAAAAAUGGCUCUUCGUCAAAGCAAUUUGAAUCCAGAAAGGCCUGACUCGGGUUUCCUCAGAUCGCUGGAUUCAAGCAUUAAGCGAAAUACAGCUGUAAUUAAGAAACUAAAGCAGAUAAAUGAAGAGCAGCGAGAAGGAUUGAUGGAUGAGCUGCGAAGUGUAAACCUGAGCAAAUUCGUUAGUGAGGCAGUUACAGCAAUAUGUGAUGCCAAACUAAGAAGCUCUGACAUACAAGCAGCAGUUCAGAUAUGCUCGCUGCUUCAUCGGAGAUACAAAGACUUCUCACCAAGUUUGGUUCAAGGACUCCUAAAAAUAUUUUUUCCUGGAAAAUCUGCAGAUGAUGCAGAUGCAGAUAGGAACUUGAAGGCCAUGAAAAAGCGCAGCACUCUCAAGUUGCUUUUGGAGCUUUACUUUGUCGGGGUUAUUGAAGACAGCAGCAUUUUUGUCAAUAUCAUUAAGGAUCUGACUAGUUUAGAACACUUGAAGGAUCGGGAUACUACUCAAUCUAAUUUGGCUCUCCUUGCUAGUUUCGCUCGUCAAGGGAGAGUGUUUUUAGGUCUUCCACUAUCUGGGCAAGAAGUUUAUGAGGAGUUUUUUAAGGGACUCAAUAUUACUGCAGAGCACAAGAAAAUUUUCAGAAAAGCAUUUCACGCAUAUUACGAAGCCGCCGUGGAACUACUUCAUUCUGAGCAUGCUUCACUACGCCAAAUGGAGCAUGAAAAUGCAAAAAUUCUGAAUGCUAGAGGGGAGCUCAGUGAUGAAAAUGUCACUUCUUAUGAACGGCUGCGAAAAUCUUACGAUCAUUUAUAUCGUAAUAUAUCAUCAUUAGCAGAAGCACUCGAUAUGCAGCCUCCAGUAAUACCCGAGGAUGGUCAUACAACAAGGGUUUCCAGUGGAGAGGAUGCUUCUUCUCCUGUUGCUGGGAAAGAUUCAUCAGCAGUGGAAGCAUUGUGGGAUGACGAAGACACUCGAGCUUUCUACGAGAACUUACCUGAUCUCAGAGCUUUUGUUCCAGCAGUGCUGUUGGGGGAAGCAGAGCCCAAGGUCAAUGAGCCAUCGUCAAAGACUCAAGAGCAGCCAAAUGAACUGGCUUCUGAAUCAGAGCAAGGUCAAACAAGUGGCCAAGAUACUUCAGAGGUUUCUGGAGAUGUUGGAGCUUCACAUGAGAGUAAAAGCUCUGAGAAGGGAAAAGACAAAGAAGACAAGGAUAAAGAAAAGCCCAAGGAUAAAGAAGAGAAGGAUAAGGAGAAGACAAAGGAUUUGGACAAAGAGAAAGGGAAAGAAAAAGAUACUGAAAGAAAGGGGGAACAUGAGAAGGAGAAGGUUAAAGGCUCCGAAGGGACAACUCUGGAUGCCCUGCUGCAGAGGCUACCAGGCUGUGUGAGCAGGGAUCUUAUUGAUCAGCUAACUGUGGAUUUCUGUUAUAUAAAUUCAAAAUCUAACAGAAAGAGGCUUGUGAGGGCAUUAUUCAAUGUUCCAAGGACGUCGCUGGAACUGCUUCCCUACUACUCACGAAUGGUUGCCACACUAUCGACUUGCAUGAAGGAUGUGUCUACUAUGCUUCUACAGAUGUUGGAAGAGGAGUUCAAUUUCCUUAUAAAUAAGAAGGACCAAAUGAACAUUGAAACCAAGAUCAGAAACAUCAGAUUCAUUGGAGAACUCUGCAAGUUUAGGAUAGCUCCUGCAGGCCUUGUUUUUAGUUGUCUAAAGGCGUGUCUAGAUGAUUUCACUCAUCACAACAUUGACGUUGCAUGCAAUCUUUUGGAGACUUGUGGUCGGUUUCUAUAUCGAUCUCCUGAAACCACUGUUCGCAUGGCUAAUAUGUUGGAGAUACUGAUGCGCCUGAAAAAUGUUAAAAAUUUGGAUCCUCGCCAUAGCACUCUUGUAGAAAAUGCUUACUAUCUAUGCAAACCACCUGAAAGACCUGCUCGGGUCUCAAAGGUCCGCCCACCUUUGUAUCAGUAUAUUAGGAAAUUGCUCUUCUCAGACCUUGACAAAUCUACAAUCGAGCAUGUACUACGUCAACUUCGGAAAUUGCCCUGGCGUGAAUGUGAAGCAUAUCUUUUGAAAUGUUUUAUGAAGGUCCACCGAGGAAAAUAUGGUCAGAUUCACUUGAUUGCUUCUCUAACUGCCGGUUUAAGCCGCUAUCAUGAUGAAUUUGCUGUUGCGGUUGUUGAUGAGGUCUUGGAGGAAAUACGCUUAGGCCUUGAAGUGAACGACUAUGGGAUGCAACAGAAGCGAGUUGCUCAUAUGCGCUUCUUAGGAGAACUGUAUAAUUAUGAACACGUGGAUUCAUCUGUCAUAUUUGAUACUUUGUACUUGAUUCUCGUUUUCGGCCAUGACACAGCCGAGCAAGAUGCCCUGGAUCCUCCAGAAGACUGCUUCCGCAUUAGGUUGGUUAUCACGCUUCUUCAGACUUGUGGCCAUUACUUCGACCGUGGCUCAUCUAAAAGGAAACUCGAUCGGUUUUUAAUACAUUUCCAGCGGUAUAUUCUUGGCAAAGGUGCUUUGCCGUUGGAUGUCGAAUUUGACUUGCAGGACUUGUUUGCUGAGCUGAGACCCAAUAUGACUAGAUAUGCCUCCAUUGAAGAAGUCAAUGCGGCACUUAUUGAACUUGAGGAACAUGAGCGCACUGCUUCUGCUGAGAAGGCCAGCAGCGCUUCUCACUCGGAUGCUGAAAAGCGUUCUUCCAUCAGAACUGCUUCCAACACUAGUGCCUCAACAAACGGGCGAAGCAAUGAGAAUGGAGCUGAGGAAAAUGGAGAGUUGCAUGAGGAGGUCAUGGAAAGUGAUAGUGAUUUAGCUAGUGGCUCUACUGAUGAGGAGGAUCUAGAUGAUGAGAAUCAUGAUGAUAGUGAGGAGGAUGAUGAUGAGGAUGAUGAUAGAGGUGGAGGUGGACCUGCUUCAGCUGAGGAGGAUGAAGUCCAUGUAAGGCAGAAGGUGCCUGAGGUAGAUCCUGUGGAAGAGGCCAAUUUUGAGGAGGAACUCAGGGCUGUGAUGCAGGAGAGCAUGGAGCAGCGGAGGCAAGAGCUUCGGGGCCGGCCGAGUCUGAACAUGAUGAUUCCCAUGAACGUGUUCGAGGGUUCUGCCAAGGACCAUGGAAGAGGAGCUAUGGGAGGUGAGAGUGGUGACGAAGGACAGGACGAGGAAGGUGGAGUGAGCAAGGAAGUGCCUGUUAAGGUCCUCGUCAAGAGAGGGAACAAGCAGCAGACCAAGCAGAUGUUCAUCCCAUGGGACUGCUCACUCGUGCAGAGCACAAAGCAGAAGGAAGCUGCCGAACUUGAGGAGAAGCAGGACAUAAAGAGGCUUGUGUUGGAGUACAAUGACAGGGAGGAGGAGGAGCUUAACGGGCUAGGGUCCCAGACGAUGAACUGGGGCCAGCAGGGUGGGUCGGGAAGGGUCUCAGGCCGGGGGAGCAACUGGGACGGUGCUGGACCCAGGAGUGGAGGGACCCGGUACCGGCAUCAGAACUACUUCGGGGGCGGUGGAGGGUACUAUGGCCGUAGGAGAUGAGUGGUGUUACAUGAUUUGAAAUUUCGUAGAACUCACAGAAGGAGCUCAAGAGGGCUCUAUCCGUCAGAUAAUAUACUCGUCGGGGGUCGUGGAGAUUUGGGGCUUUGAAGGGGGAAAGAUGAAACAGACUGGUCCGGAAGAAAGAUAUCGCUCUGUAAGUAGAGGUUUUUGCUGGUACCGAACAAGCAGUACCGAUGUAAACUAGUAUGCCGAUUGACAAGUGAUUACUGAUUGCCAACAAGAUGCGAGAGAAUUUAUGUAGAAAACUGAAGCCAUCAAAAUGAAACAGAGAUGUUAACUGAUUUGGUCUUUUUUGGUAGUAUAACUGAUUGUUGGGAUGACCUUUUGAUC